CUCGCGGCAAACGGUGUGAGAGAGGAGCACAGCAUCCACAGCUUGUUGAAGGUAAAUUGACCUGCAUCGCACUCUUAAGAUGUCUGAAGAUAUCCAGGUCAAAGAGCUCGACAAGCGGGCUUCCGGCCAGGCCUUCGAGGUCAUCCUGGGUGCUCCUGCCCCAGACGCCAAGGGCGAUUUCCCCUUGUCUCCUCCCAAGAAGAAGGACGUCUCGCUGGAGGAGAUUCAGAGGAAGCUGGACGCUGCAGAGGAAAGACGCAAGAAUCAUGAAGCUGAGGUUCUGAAGCACUUAGCUGAGAAGCGUGAGCAUGAAAAGGAAGUGCUACAGAAAGCCAUGGAGGAGAACAACAACUUCAGCAAGAUGGCAGAGGAGAAGCUCAAUCAGAAGAUGGAGGCCAACAAAGGGAACCGCACAGCAAUCAUGGCAGCGAUGAAUGAGAAAUUCAAGGAAAAGGACAAAAAGUUGGAAGAGGUCCGAAAGAAUAAGGAAACCAAAGAGAAUUCGGAAGAAGGCACUUCGGAAGACUGAGUCACCAACGGGGGAUUGUAUAGGGUUUUUUACGUAUCCAAAGAUUGAUUUAUUUUUUGUUUGGCCAGUAUUUUUGUUGUGUUCACUAUCCACCUUUUUGAAAAAACAAGUUCCACUUUGUGAAUUUUUUCAAUUCUCCUGCUAUAAGUGUACCUGCGCUGGUUUUACAUGUGGAUUCUUUCCCCCCCCCCCUUCUCUUCUUGUCAAGUCUAAUCCAUUUGAUAUGUAGCUUGUCAGUGCAGCUUCUGCCCUUUUUGAAAAUUAGCAGUGUGUACUUAACCUUUUUGAGGAAAAGCAUGUUUCUAUGUAUAGGUCUUUUCUCCCUGCCUAUUUCAUAGUGCAUUUUGAAACUGUCCUUGUGAACCACACCUGUUCUCUGCACUUAACUGUAUAUUAAAAUAAAUAAAAAAAGUAGCACAAACUCAAGGUGUUUUGGCUGUUAUACUUACAGGUGUUUUAGUGCAGCUUUGCUACCCAGACUCUGCUAGUUUUGCUCCUGCGGAUCAUGUUUUUGUGCCACUGCUGAUUCUUUGCUUUUUGUAAAAAAUUAAUUGGGGGAGGGGGGUUGUUUUAAAACAUGACUUCUUGCUGUACAGCUGUGAAUUAACAAGCCAGACAGGUGAAUAAUGGGUGCCACCUGGAACAUCACUGAACAGGGGUCUACACAUGGAAUGCAUAUGAGCAAUACACUUAGGCAUCUCAAUAGAUUCAGUGGCUAGUUGACUUGAACUGUUGUACUAAAACAAAU